AGACUCAAACUGGGUUUUCCCUGUAAGUUCAGCAUCCACGUGCACGUGAGGUGGUCUGCAAUAGUUGCGCGGGCGGGCGGGCGCGCGCGCUCGGCCAAUGCGUUACUGUCUCUUUAAGAAAGUGACAGCGGCGGGCACCGGAGGAGCAGCUCAGGAACCGCUGUGAAGGAAUCCCAGAACUUUCCCAACUAAAGCAGCGAGCUCUGCGGUCCGGUCCAGGUCCGGUCCAGCAUCCAGCCGGCCGUGCAGAAGUUCUCUCCCCCCCGUCACGGCUCCGUCUCCCGGUAGGGGGAACGGACGCUCGCGGCUGCGCGGAAAACGGGCAUCAUCUUGUGAGGAUAAAAAGUUACGGUUCGGUGUUCGCCAGCCGCAUCCUCCCCCCAAACUUCAGCUAAGCAGCUAACGGUAGCUAGCAUCUGGCUAAGCUCGCAUCCGAACUUUAUGCCCGUCCCGAACCGAAGCAGACUCGCUCCUUUAGUUAAGAAAAAGUCAUUCUGAUUCCAUUUUGUCCCCAAAAAAGUUUUUAAAAAGUUUAGUCGUUGGUAUCGAUCAUAACCGGCCGGGUCAACAGAAUCAAGCUAGCUGUUUUUGGGAGGCAGGCGGCUAACCCCUGAAAGAGCAGAAAAGGUCCCAGAGCCAGAGCGAGGAGGCCGCAGACCGAGGCUCUGCUCCCGGAGGAGCAGGAUGGGAACCCGCGGAGCCUGAAGAGGACUUUCGGAGGACUUGUUCCUGUUCGGCCUCCUCCCCUCCCGCCUGCCUCUGCCUGCGCGGAGCUCCAUGACCGAGGAGCAUCUCCUCUGUGCUGCCGGCCUGCGUUUUGGAUGAAGAUGAAGGUGACGGUGACGUUCGGACAGACAGGUGUGGUGGUCCCCUGUAAGGAGGGCUGGACGGUGAGGGACCUGAUCCAACAGGCCACGCAGAGGUACCGGAAGCUGCUGGAGCAGGAAGGAGAUGUUCUGGUCCGGACUCACCAUGUUGAAUACUGCGAUGGAGGGAUCCUGGAUCCUGAUGACAUUCUUAGUGAUCUGGUGGAUGACAGGGACAAGCUGAUGGCGGUGUAUGAGGAGCAGGAAGCCCAGCAGACGGCUGUGGCUAACUCGAGGUUGACCCCGAGCCCCGACCUCCACCAAGCUGAGCUUUCUGUCUUCCAACCAACCGCAAGAGGAGAGAUUGAAGUCAACUCCUCGGCUCUUAAAUCCGGGACCCCCCUGUUGGUGAGGAGCAGCAGCGACUCGGCUCUCACUCCACAAACAGAGAUUGAGGGCUCCUUCAGCCAAGAAACACCUGUGAAGGCAGCCAGCCCACCUGUGGAGAAGCCUGGAGGGCUUGACGGAGCCAAACACGCCUUCAACGGCAGCCUGACCAGAUCGGUGGAGGUCCUGGGAGACGACAGUCCUCUGGGGAUCCACGUGGUUCCUUACUGCUCCUCACUCAGCGGACGGUUCCUCGGCCUUUAUAUCCGCGGCGUGGAGGAGAAAAGUCGCUCUAGAAAAGAAGGCCUACUCCAAGAGGACGAGUGCAUCGUCAGAAUCAACAACACUGACCUCAUGGACAAAACCUUCAGCCAAGCUCAGGACAUCUUCCGUCAGGCGAUGCGCUCCCCAGUCAUCUUUCUGGAAGUCGUGCCCCCCUCCAACAAAGACAGAUAUGAAAGGAGUCUGAUUGGCCAGCUGUCUGGGACCAGUUCUGGUGCCACCCACAGCGGUUCCUUCUCUGCCAAGGCCAAAGACCCCCCACCACCCAUAAAGGCCAAGCCGGUAUUCAAGCCCCCUGAGAAUCUGAGCCCACGACAAACCGAAGACGCCAGCCCUCCUGAGCCAGUGGCUACCCUGAAAGGAAGAAGCGAGAGCCCCCUUCUUAGGAAGAGCCCCGCCUUCACCAGCAUGGUGACCAAUAAGAGAGGAGGACGGAAACUGAGGAUCGACUUAACAAAAGGCUCUGAGGGGCUCGGAUUCACCGUCGUAACCAGAGAUUCUUCAGUCCACGGUCCAGGUCCCAUCCUCGUCAAGAACAUUCUGCCCCGAGGAGCUGCGGUCAAAGAUGGACGCCUUCAGUCCGGAGACCGGAUCCUGGAGGUGAACGGCGUGGACAUCACAGGCGUGGGCCAGGAGGAGCUGGUGUGUCUGUUACGCAGCACGCGGCAGGGGGAGACCGUAUCGCUGGGGGUGCUGCGGCAGGAGGACGUGUUCCUGCCCAGAGAGACGAAGGAGGAGGUGCCCCGCGUGGCGGGAGUCGUCCUGGAGAACGGAAAGGAGCAGCUGAUGUUCGAGAUUCCCCUGAACGACAGCGGCUCGGCCGGACUCGGCGUCAGCCUCAAGGGGAACAAGUCCAGGGAGACCAGGGAAGAUCUGGGAAUCUUCAUCAAGUCCAUCAUCCACGGAGGAGCUGCUUACAAGGACGGGCGUCUGAGGAUCAACGACCAGCUCGUGGCCGUUAACGGAGAGUCUCUGCUGGGGCGCUCCAAUCACGCCGCCAUGGAGACGCUGCGGCGGUCCAUGUCCCAGGAGGGGAACGUCAGAGGGACCAUCCAGCUGGUGGUGCUGAGGACUCCCCAGGAUCAGCACGAGGCGUCGCCCAAUCGCUCCUUUGACAGCUCCUCUGGUCUGUUCGGGUCCAUCAGUCCAGUUAAAGGAAUGCUCAGUCCCAUCACAGACUCCACCCAGUCGCCGUUGGUGACCAACGCCAUCUAUGCUUCCACCGAUUUGGGAAGAAAAAGGAGGAGAAGAAGGAAGCCAAGGCGGCUCUGCAGCGGCAAAAGUCGGACCUGAUGAGCGACCACGAGCUGGAAAGGCUGAAGGAAGAGCGAGAGAGAAUCGAGGCGUCCCAUCCGGAGCUGCAGCAGGGGGGGGCUGGAGCUUCCUCGUUCCCAGACGUGGAGGACGACGAGGCCGACCCCAACUACGCCCGGAUUCAGACGUUCAGAGACAGAGAGAGCAGCCCGCUGCCCCAGCCGCCUCAAGCGCCGCGCUACGGCAUGGCUCCACCCCCUCCAGCCCAAAGGCCCUCCCCCCAGAGCCCACCACGCUUUCAGGGAGGUCACGCUGAAGACGCAGGUGCCGUCCCUGACGAUGAGCACGUGGACAGGCUGUACGCCAAAGUCAACAAGCAGAGGAGCGCCGGGGCGGCGUCCCCUGCCACCAC